CGGCGUAGUGUGGACGGAUGGCGUAACCGUAGCAAAACUUAUGCGUUUUCAAACUAAACGCACUAGUGUAAACGGGGCCUAAACUGUGCAGGGCUGCAGCCCUCCAGGCACUGAGUUUGACACUUGUGCUUUAGAGGGAGUAAAUUUGGUGCUAAACUUGCAAGGGCCCAGAGCAUGUCUGCAAAGACUCAGACUCAAACGCAAGCAUCUGCUCCGCGACCACAGAACAUCUUUAAAAGAAAGCUGCAGUUCAUUCAGGAAGAGAAAAACAAAGAGAUUGAGGCUCUGCGUCAGCGGGUGAGAGAGCUAGAACACCACAGUCUUCACGGACUAAAGAGGAGGAGAAACUGACACUUCUGUUCAUCUGCCGGCUGGAACAGGAUUUCACACUGCUUGCAUUUCACAGCAUGGUCCCCGAUGGUGGAAGGGAUUAAGGUAGCUCUAAAUAAAGCUGGCAGAUUAGGAAACAUGAUACUGGCAUGUUCUGUUUCACUGUUGGCAGAGGGAUGGAAGAGUGUCUGAGGGAAACCACAUCAGUGGGUGCAGAUUCAGGACAGGACAGUUCAAGGCAAUGUUUGCAUACUGGUCAUACUCUGAUGUGGGUAAAUGCUUUUAAUCUCUAAAACAAAGAGAUUAUCAUCCAGCUUUUUUGCAGACAUCGGAUCUUUCAGAAAGAUAACAUGUGGACAUCUUCUUUGACUUCCAAUCCCAUAAAAAAGAAAAGCAGCUAUGCCUUGGUUUACUGCAAGAGCCCAACGCCUUGAAGAGCAGCAGAAUGCCUGAAAAGGCCAGACAGCGGCCUACACAGGUGUAUCAGCACUAUCUGUACACCGUGACGGACAGCUCUGAGUGCAGCUCAGAGAAAGAGGAGGAUGAAGAGCCCUCCAAACGCCUCACACCACUGGAGAAGUUAACACUGGAAAUGUGCAAAGAUGAAAACACAGUAAAGGAGCUGACGGUGGGCAAACGGGUGGGUUUCUACAAAGUGCGAGGUCAGAUCGGCUGUGGCAACUUUUCCAAAGUCAAACUGGCCACUCAUGCCCUCACCAAAGACAAGGUUGCAGUGAAGAUUAUGGACAAGAUGCGGCUGGAUGUGCAGACCCAGAGGAUGUUGACCAGAGAGAUCUCCAACAUGGAGAGUUUAUAUCAUCCAAACCUGCUGCAGCUCUUUGAGGUGCUGGAGACGCCGAGCAGACUCUACCUGAUCCUGGAGUUUGCUGGAGGAGGAGACCUGCACACCAGAAUCAGCUCUGGAGGAAAGCUGACCGACCUAGAGAGCAAGAUUGUGUUCGCACAAAUCCUAUCAGCAGUCAAAUACAUGCAUGAAAACAACAUCAUCCAUCGAGAUCUGAAAGCUGAAAACGUUCUUUACACAACCAACGGCUGCAUUAAAGUAGCUGACUUUGGCUUCAGCACAAAGGUCAACAACCGCAACCAAGCCCUGGACACAUUUUGCGGCUCACCUCCUUACGCAGCUCCAGAACUCUUCAAAGACGACUCCUACAUUGGACCACCAGUAGAUGUGUGGGCGAUGGGUGUCCUCCUCUUCUUCAUGGUGACUGGUAGCCUACCCUUCCGCGCCGACACUGUGCCCAAAUUACGCCAAAGUGUCCUGGAGGGUGCUUAUGUCCUGCCAAUAUGGGUCUCCGCUCCAUGUCAGCGGCUCAUCCGGGGCAUCCUGAAACCUGAACCGUCGGAGCGAUGUGCCCUGGACCAGAUGCUGGGCUGUGAGUGGCUGCUGCCGGUGGAACUCUUUCGCCCAAUUCCUCCAUUAUACCAGCUCAACCCCAUCCACCUGCUGGAGGCUGGACCAGGAGAGCUGGACAGAGACCAGGAGGAGGUCAAAGGUAUCCUGGAGAAACUAGGAGUUACUCCGGAGCAUAUUCUCAAUAAUCAAGGAAAGCGUAUUCGGAGUCCUAUUAAUGGGGUUUAUCGUAUAUUAUUGCACAGAGUUAAGAGAAACAGAGGAGCAGAGUCUGUGCCAUCAAUCAGUGGAGUAGUCAAAGAUCCUAAAAGAGACAGUCUGCGUGCCUACAGGAACCUACGACACUCCUCGAAACUCUGUGCACUUUCUUGAAGAGACUCCGCAUUUACUUUCUUUUUGCUCCUUAAUAGAAGGAAAGUCAAUGGGGUUCACAAAUAUAUUAGGACCAAGUGGACCUUUUCCAGUGAAACAGAUAAAAACAAUGUGCUGGGGGAAAGACCUCUAGUCUAUUUUAAGGUUUUAGAUCAUGUAAUCAUUCUAAUUCAAGAUUAGCAAACAUGAGAUUUAAAAAAAAAACUUGUCAGCUAAAAAAUCAGUUUGCUUCUAAAAACUACUAAGUGUUUGGAUCAGAUAUGGACAAAUCCUAUUGUUGGGUUAAAAAGUGUUUUUUUUUUAUUUAUUGAAAAAAUGGGUUACACUGGAGUGGAAUGCACUGUACUCUUUAGGAAACAGGCUCAUUUUAGAAGUCCCCUAUUACCGCUUUUGAAUCAAUUUAGCCAACUUUCCAGGUCUGGUGGUAGCACUUUUAGCUUAGUUUAGAAAAAAUUAUUGAAUUGGAUUAGACCAUUAUCGAGAGAUGGACAGCAUUUAUGAUACAAGUCUUUCAAAUACAUAUUUUAAAUACAAAAUAGUAUUUUGUCAUUUGUAUUUGAUAGGGUUUGUGGAAAUGGGUUUCUAUUUUGUAUCAAAAAGCGUAAGUGUCUUGUAUUUUUGUGUUUUUAAAAUACUGUAAAAUACUUUGUAAAAAGUCAAGACAUCAUAAAAAUGGGACCUCUGA